GCGAAUUAACUAGUUUUCUCUAAUCGAUUGAGUAUCAGAUCUGCAGUUCAAUCAAAGAUCAGAUUUACUCAAAGCUGAUCGAUGCAAGUACUUGUUUAAGCAGUAGGAUAAGGUGACUAGGAUGAUGGUUGAUAUUUGAAAACCAUUCGUAAGCAGAUUAGUAUUUUCUUAUAUUAAAAGAUUUUAUCAUUAGCAGUAUCAGUGAAAUAAAUUAAAACUGUCAGUCGUCCAUUUUUAUGAACUUGAAGGCCGUGAGUAAUAUGUACUCAGAAAAUAUGGAUUUUUGGUGCAUUUAAAAGAUUUUUUUAUAAUUUUUCUGUGAUCUGCCACAUCUUCUGAUGAAACUGGAGAAGGACAUUUAUCAAAGGACACAGAUAAUCACCUGUAACACGAUUGCUGAUUCACAUGUAAAAUCCUUCACGUGUAGCUUAUUUUUUGUGAAAAGCGUCUGACAGACUGACAAGAUGUCUACGAAGAGUAAGUGCUUCAUCAUCAUCUGCAUUGUAUUUGUGCUUUUACCUGUUUUUAUUUCAUGUACCAUCAUCUACACAGACACUCAAUGUACUUCAGAGACUCUGGAACCAUGCAAACAACACCCGGCGUUUGCUGAGAGUAUUUAUUGUGAGAACAUUAAUGAUAUUAAAACUUUCGUGCGCGUACUCCGCUGUGGGUCCAGAAAGAACAUGCAAGAAGUUUUCCUUGAGAAAUCUUCACUGGAUUACCUUCCUUUGUAUAUACUAGACUUUUGUGGAUUCAUUUUCUUAAAUGUGAAAUCCGUUGUCCUAGACAAGCUGCUAGAAGGCAAUGUUUUCAUCAAAUUGCAACAACUACAUCUAGACAAUGUGUUGUUCAGGCGAGCCUGGUCUUGGGAACCUUUGAAAGUGCUAGAAAGGUUGCUAAGAUUUUCUGUGGUGAACAUGCCGGUGCAAGUUUUAAACGGCACUCUAGUGGAUAACCUCACGGAUAAGUUGAAAAGUCUUAUACUUACCUCAACUAAUACAACAGCAAUAAGUGACAACGCCUUGCAGAAAUUCACUGAUUUGGAAUAUGUGUCGAUCCAAAAUAAUGAAAUCACCGAAUUAAAAAGAAGCAUGUUUCCGAAGCCAGCGAAAAUAAAAUUCUUUUAUUUCGGGAAGAAUAAGAUCGACUCGUUACCCAUCGAUCUCUUUGAAGAUAUGCCAGAUUUACAAUACAUCGCCCUUCAAGGAAACAUGAUUUCGGAAAUUCACGAAAGUGCAUUCAAAGGAAUUUGGAACAAUCUGUCCAGUCUUUUAUUAGAUGGCAACCCGCUCAAGUGCCACUGCAAAAUGCUGUGGCUUGCAAAAAGGAAAUCACCUGCGGUGUUCACAGGCAGCUGCUACGCGCCGAAACUCAAAUACGGCAAACUUUUGAAAAACCUGAGCGAUUUGGAUUUCCGCUGCUUUCGCUAAAAAUGCAACAUCAUCAAGCACUUAACCAGAAGACGUGUUUACAUAUUUGCUGAAGAACAGCAUUCAUUCUACUUUGCUGCUUUUUUGUGAAUGCAGAAUUGAACUGGAAUAUAAUGAACUAGAAUCGAGUUUGAGUAAAAAUGAAGGAAACAAAGGGAUGCAAAGAAUACAUUUAUAUGCUGUUUUUCGAACUAUUUUCGAUGCUUUUUUACGAGUAUGACUGAUAGAAUUUCUUAACACGGUUAUGACGAAAAAAAUAUUUAACUGUUGGAAACAGAGGUAUUAUUUAUUGUAAAAUAUUUUUCAUUUAUUUAAGAAGAAUCCGCCGAUAUUGUAUGUAUUUCAUAUAUCAUUUGAUGCCAUUUCAUUUGAACCAAUUGAAAUCAUAAGAAUUUUUUUUUCACUCUUCAUCAGCUAGUAAUUUUCCUUUUCACAAUAUGUAGUAGAGUCUCUACUGAUUCCUGCGGUUUGUGGAUUACAACUAUUUAAAAUAUCAAAAGAAGAAAGCAAAUAAUUAAUAAAGUUUCAAAAUAGUAAUACAAAAUAAUAAAACGUAAAGAUUUGUCGAGUUUCAAAUUUUUGACGAUAACAAUACUUUCUCUAUACUUCAUGUACGAGGGAGAAAAAAGAAUUGUUUCCAAAAAAAAUUGUAGAAAAUGUUUUUAUUAACUUUUUACACUAUUUCCUCUUUACAAUUAUGCAUAAAACUUUGAAAUAUGUUUUAUUCUCACUUGUAAAAAUUUGCAUUUUCAUAAACCUUUUAUUUUCUGCAAGUUUUUUUUUAAUUGAUAUAUUUAUUAAAUGGAUUGCAGAACUUCAUAAAGUUUAUAAAAGAUAUAUCUAUACUACUAUUAUAAAUGUGAAAGUUCGGAUGGAUGGAUGUUUGUUAGUCAAUCACGCCAGAACGGCUGAACAGAAUUGGAUGAAAUUUAGCUGAUCGAUAGAUUAUAGUCUGGAAUAGGACAUAGGCUACUAAUUAUUCCGUUUUAUUGAGUGGUUAAUAGUUUAUUAAUUAAAAGCUAACUUUCCCGCCAGAAAUCUGCCAAAAAUCGCCAAAUGAGUAAAGCUUCAAGGUUUUUUCCCCCCGUCAAUGAGAUUAGGAUUAACAUGAUUUUGACUAUUAUUUCAAACGAUUCUGUUUAUUUUCGUAGUGUUUGAUACAUUUUAAAUCAAACGUUGUUAAUGAAUCGAUCUUUCGAAUUCAUUCUGAAGUACUUUUGAAUUAAAAUAAAACAGAAUAAAGGGAAUUAAAAAUUUAUAAUCUAUAUUACAUUAAACCAACUGGCGUAGAAAAUUCAGGCAUUUGUGUUGUCCCAAUUGGCGUUGAAAAUUCACGCAUGCGCAGGCGUAACAAAAGAUAAAGCCAUUGAUGCUAUAAAUUCCAAUCUAUUUCCACGCCAACGAAGUCGCGGGUAAAAGCUAGUUUGUAAUAAAAAUGAUUAGGUCUAUAUAAGUAAUAGAACCUGCGCUAUUUUUGCUAAACAUUUACAGUAAUUCUUAUAUAAUAAUAAAUUACAAUAAAAAGUUUAAUAAAAAUAAUUAUAAAAAUUGAAGAUCCUACUGCAUAAAUUUCUAGUUGAUGGAUUCUUCUGUUUUGUCUUAUGUUGUUCUCAUAUAUUCUGUAAAAUCUAUGCUAUAUCAAUUAUCUAACAAUAACCUUAUCAGAUAUAUUUCAUAAUAUUUCAAUUUAUGAAAUAAUUAUAUCCUUAUUUUACUAUGCUGAUCUUUCAAAUAUUGCAUUUCCACCAUCAUGUUCGUCUUGUUCCUAUUCUCAUGAUUCUCAUCUCAAUUUUAUUUCAUCUAGAAUAAAUACACAUGACUGUAUGAUAUGAAAACAGAAAUUGAAAUAAAGAUUAUGUUGCAAGUGAUUUUGUAAAUAAAAUAUUUGAUUUCCCAA